AUGCUACACCUCACAGUCGGCGUGAGCGCCCCUCGUCAGGCUGCCUGUAGCUUUCUGACAAUAUCUCGACGACUAGCUUCCAAUCGGCCUGUGGGCCAUGGUCCAAGAGCUCCACGGCCCCUUUUGGCAUCCUCGUUCUAUUCUUCGAGCUGCCACAAGGGCUCAGAGCCGGCGCUAGAUGCGAUCCCGACAGGUCGACCCAAUGUCUUCACCAAGGAAUCAGCCAAGAAAUUUGACCAAAGUCUCGAGGGCUCAGAAUGGUUGAUGGGCAUCACCUCUCUGCGGAAAAAGCUUGCUGUAGAGGCUUACGGACAUGUGCUUGAAGUCGCAAUGGGCACCGGCCGUAACCUUCCCUUUUACGACUGGAGUCAUGUUCUCAGCUCUCGAUCGAACUCAGCAGUCCAGGCACUUGCAGCGCCAAAGCCCAACGCACAAGUAUCCAAGACCGACGUGGUACCGAUAAUCUCUUAUACAGGGGUCGACAUUUCUAGUGAAAUGCUUGGCGUCGCUCUCGAAAAGCUCACAGAAACUGUCACAGAGUUUUCUGGCAUAGACCCUAUAACCGAGAACCAGACUGCGCCGUCUCCUGAUGAGUGGAGUAAUAUCUCUUACCUCUCAGGUAGACUACGAAUGUUCCGGUCAGACAUUCACGAAUAUAUUCCUCCUCCCCCUCAGCAACCUUGUCCGCAGGCUAAGUACGACUUUGUCUGUUCAACGUUUUCUCUGUGUAGUGUUCGCGACCCAGAACAAAUGGUUCGGGAUUUAGCCCGUACAGUCAAGCCGAACACAGGCAAGAUCGUCCUCGUUGAGCAUGGUAGAGGAUGGUGGGGAUUUGUCAACGGGUUACUUGACAAGUCUGCAACUUCCCAUUUCCAGAAAUACGGAUGCUGGUGGAAUCGAGACAUUGCUGAAAUCGUCGAGAACGCCGCAAAGUCUACACCGGGACUUCAAGUCACAAAGGUUGAUCGCCCGUACUUUACACAGCUUGGGACGACCUUGUGGAUCGAGUUGAAAGUCUCGGAUUCGAAUGUGUCUUAG